GUCCAGCGUGUAAUGGAAUCGCACGUGGAAAUUACAGUCCCAUGACUCUCAGGUCUGUGCGGACUUGCGGAGUUCUAUCCUCCUCUUGAAUUGUCUGGAAUGUGAGUUAACCGUUACCUUUCCAAAGUGUCACAGGUGUCCCCGGAAAUGGUGUGUGAACUACAGAUGCGAGGCUCUGCAAUGUAGAUCUUUAUAAAGGAUGUAAGAUCUCCUCUGCUUAUUGCUUCAUUCUGUAGAGCAGAUAUUAUAAUUCCUGCUGCGGUUGAAUGACUCUUUCUAGACAGGCAGACUUGCAGGUAUAUUUCUAGGCCAAGCGACUACACUUAAAGGUGAUUUACUUUAACGAGCCAUUAGAUCUAAUGGAACUGCGUGUCUCCAGACAGUGAUUAAAGUAGAUUUCUCUGUUUUCACCCCAGUUAUUACAAAAUAAUCAGAUUCUUACUAAUGUAGCUCUGGAUGUAACAAAGCAUGCUGGGUAGUAAAUUUUCACUUGUUGUUGGAGUUCCAACCCUGGGUUUAAAGCACCACUGCGGAGAGUAGCAGUGUGUGUGUGUGUCUGUGUCUUUGACUAAUACAAGGUGCCACUGGCUCUGCUUCAGAUUUCAAGCUGGCUCUCCCUCACCCAGGCAUCUUCGUUCCCUCGUUAUGAGAGAGACGUUACGCUAACAGGCUUUCUGUCCAAACCAGGUUAGCACUGCCCGACCUCCCUGUCCGCCCGCGGGACUGGAAAUGGCUCUUAGAUGUGAUUCUAUGGUUGUUCCAUUUCAUGUAUUGAUCUCUGAGGUUUGAACUACCGCAGUACACAAGUCUGUUGUUCACCAGGCAGAGUAUUCUGCUCAGAGCAAAGCAAUCAAGGUAGUUGGUCGACGCUCUGUUGGCCUAAAUGGCUGUCAGUUGUGGUUAUGUUUUCUGAAUCUUGGUUCUUAUAAGUAGCUCUUUAAUUGUCAACAUGUAUCAAAAGUGGAAUAUUUCAAUAGUAAUGUAACAAAGUGUCUCACUGUGUUAAUCACUGCUAUUGUGUGUCACAAGACUUCUGAAUGCUGCUUCGAAUCACCGUAACCCUGAUUUACAGGAUGUAUUUUGUUCUGAUAUAACUAAUUUAGACGUAACACUCACUGUAAAUGUAAGGCAGCAUGAAUAUCCAUGGCUGUUUACCUGUAGCACCCAGUCACUCUCUGGAUUAUCACUAAUGCCAAAAAGACUGCAUUUUUGUGGCCUGUAACUUGUUUUUAAUAUUUCAACUUGUUCAUCAUGUUUCAAAUAUGUUCACUAAAUAUGAUGUAGACAUUUAAAUUUGACUUUGAUGAAAACUGCCUUCAUUUAUGCAUUUAUGUGUAUCAGUCUGUCACACCUGUCUUUAUUCCAUAUGAGCCUGGCAUGGGUGUAAAUCUUGGGGGUGGUGGGUGUGACCCGCCCAUUAAUCAACACCAGCCAAUACACCCCCCUGGACCCCGUUAAAUGGAUGGAUACCUCAACCCUCCCCCCCCAAUGCUCAGGCCAAAGGCACGUGUAAGAGUGAACGCUGAAGAGCAGCGUGCCACGUGAAGGCGCUGGGCUGCAUGCAGGGCGCACGCUUGAAAAUGACCAUCCUGAGAAAAUCGCAGCAUUUCGGAUUGUUAAUAUUCUUCCUCAGUCAAAAAGCUUCCCUGGAAACGGUAGAUCGUCAUUUCGAGAGUAAAGUUGAUCUGUUGCUCAAUGUGGAGACUGAGAAUCCGAAGUGUUUUGCGGAAGGCAUGCGGGACCUCACGUGCUUCUGGGAGGAAGAAGAUGGGGGCACCGCAGACCAGUACACCUUCACGUACAAAUACGAGAAUGAGAAGAGCAGUGAGUGUAAAGUGACGUCCCAACCAGCAGAGGGAGCCAAAACACGUUACUUCUGCCACCUUCCAAAGGUUCAGCAUUUCGGAGACCUUUAUCUGUGUGUGUUUCGGGAUGGAUUACAGGUCUACAACCGCAGCCUUUUAAUAAACCUAAACUUUUGGCUGGAUCCCCCAGCCAACCUGACUGUGACUCAGACUGGGAAGCUGGGCCAGCUGAAGGUGACCUGGCUGCCGCCCCCCCUCAAGUACAUGGAAAGCAGCAUGAUGUACGAAGUCAGAUACACGACGGGAAGUAGCUGGAAGGAGAAGGUGAUCCAUGAGUCCACUGAGAUCACACUGCAAGGUCUGCAGGUCAACACCAAGUACAAGGUCCAGGUUCGAGUCAAGCCUGAUGGCCUGACAUAUGAUGGGUUUUGGAGCUCCUGGACACUGCCGGUGUCAAUGACAACAGCCCCGAAAGAUAUGGACCCCCUGAUCUUGGCCCUGUGCCUCAUUAUCACCUUCAUCCUCAUUCUGCUGUCCCUCACCGCACUCAUGUCUCACCGGAGUUCUCUGCAGAAGAAGAUGUGGCCUCUUAUUCCCAGUCCGGAAAACAAAUUCCCAGGGCUCUUCACUGUCUAUGGAGGUGACUUCCAGGAGUGGUUGGGCCACAGUGGUGGGGGCUUACGGCCCAGUCCCGCCUUCUUCUCCUUCGAGGAGCUCCCCGCCAUGCUGGAGGUGCUAUCAGAGGCUACCCCAGUCCCCCCUCGCACGGUGGAAUCCAGGGCCUGUAAUCUGCCGGAGUCAGGAUGCAAAGAAAACGAAGAGGACCUGCAGAAGGCCGAGUCUGAGCAGGAGGGCUGGCAGCCGACCCCGCCCGGACACUGGCUGAUGAAGCACUUCCAACCCCUCCAGCAGGGACCCUCCCCAUUUUCCUGGUCCACACAACUGGAAUCUAAGGACUCCUACGUGACCCUCGACCACAGCUUCCAGCCCAAAACCCAAGAGACACCGAUGGAUGAUAUAUCUGAGGAGUCCGCACCUUUGCGAGUUCUUUUCACGUCGGCAGGAAUCUCAGCGUCCCAUUCGGAUCUGGGCUCCCUCCCACAGAGCUGCAGGUCAGGCAGACUCUCCUCCGAGUCCAGCUUCGAGUACCCCCACAGCACCUGGCCGCCUAAGGGCAUCACUUACGCCUCCGUGACUCUUGCCGAUUCGGGCGUUUCUGUGGACUACAGCCCCAUGGAUUCCAUCAGAACUGCAGUUGGUGGCAGAGGAGGUUUCUAUAAUAAUGACUACAAGAAUGAAACCCCGAAGCCAAAUGACCUUUUCUCUGGCUCUCCAAUCUACUCUGCCUGUUGACUUUGAAAACCAAGUUUUCCUCCAACCUAGAACGGCAACCUUCCGUGGUUAAAUUACCAUCACAUAGGCUUUCUUAUGCACAUGUAGCCCAUAACUGGUUCUCUCCCAACAUUGUAUGUAAUGCAGCUGAUCUUGGGAAGUAAUUACUGUUUGCGUUCAUAUAUACAUCUCGCCCAGGAUGUACCCCAGUCCUGUACCCUGCGCUGCCUGGAGCAGCCUCCAGGCCACCUUGCAACCCUGACCAGGAUACGUCGUUAGAAGAUGGCUGUUAAUGUAUAUAGAAUUUAAAUAAUGUUUUGAAACACUUUUUUUAAUUAGCUGUCAUUUUCUGUUACAGGCUGGAGCCAUUUUAAAAACACUAAAGCCUUUCAUACCCAUUUAAAACUGGGACCAGCAUUUUAUUACAGGAUGAAAUGAAAUGUUUGGAAUUUCUGGCUCAGAAAUGGCACCUGCGUGUGAAAUUGCUUCAUGCUCUGACACGGCAGCCGUCUAUCACUUUGUAUGUUUUACAGACGCAUUUUUCCCUAAAUGCUCAUUUCUGUACAGUGAAUUACUCAAACAUCCCUUAAAUAACCGUUUACAGCACACUUCACAUAUCAUACAACUGUUUCUAUAAAAUUUGAGAAUCUAUUGUAAAUAACAAAAAGCAAUUUAUGUUUAACCAUUCAUUUUUUACUACAAAAAUAUAUUUUGUUAUAUAAUGCAA